GUUAUUUCAGUGAACAAAAUGGCGUCUUACUGUUUGACUGUCACUAGGCUGCGGUUGGCCCUUGGGACUGGUGCGAGACGGUUUCAUGUCUCUGCAGCCUUCAGCGCCAAGGCCAAGGUGGCCAUGAGCCGCUUUGAGCCCGGCUCCUGCAUUAACUAUGAGAAGAUGCACGAGAACAUCAACACUGUGCGCAGGAGGCUCGGCAGGCCUCUCACUCUGUCGGAGAAGAUCGUGUAUGGUCACCUGGAUGAUCCCGUGGGGCAGGAGAUUGGCCGUGGACGCACAUACCUGCGUCUGCGUCCGGACCGCGUGGCCAUGCAGGAUGCGACCGCGCAGAUGGCCAUGCUUCAGUUCAUCAGCAGCGGUCUGCCCAGGGUGGCCGUGCCCUCCACCAUCCACUGCGAUCACCUGAUUGAAGCUCAGACCGGAGGGACUGAGGACCUGCAGAGGGCUAAGGAGGUCAACGAGGAGGUGUACAACUUCCUUGCAACUUCUGCAGCCAAGUAUGGAGUCGGCUUCUGGAAACCAGGCUCAGGGAUCAUCCAUCAGAUCAUCCUGGAGAACUAUGCCUAUCCCGGAGUGUUGCUGAUAGGCACAGACUCCCACACUCCCAACGGCGGUGGCCUGGGGUCCAUCUGUAUUGGAGUGGGUGGAGCUGAUGCCGUGGAUGUCAUGGCUGGAAUCCCCUGGGAGCUCAAGUGCCCAAAUGUGAUUGGAGUGAAGCUCACAGGAUCCCUCUCCGGCUGGACCUCUCCAAAGGAUGUCAUUCUGAAGGUGGCUGGAAUCCUGACUGUAAAGGGCGGCACUGGAGCCAUUGUGGAGUAUCAUGGUCCUGGAGUGGACUCUAUCUCCUGCACUGGAAUGGCGACCAUCUGUAACAUGGGUGCUGAGAUUGGAGCCACCACGUCUGUGUUUCCCUACAACCACCGCAUGAAGACAUACAUGGAGAAAACCGGCCGUGGAGACAUCGCCUCUGUGUCUGAUCAGUUCCAGGAUGACCUGGUCCCAGAUAAGGGCUGUGAAUACGACCAGGUCAUCGAGAUUAACCUGAGUGAGUUGAAGCCCCAUAUCAACGGACCGUUCACCCCUGACCUGGCCCACCCUGUGUCUGAGAUCGGGGCCAUAGCUAAGAAGAGCGGCUGGCCCCUGGAGGUUAAAGUGGGUCUGAUCGGCAGCUGCACAAACUCAAGCUACGAGGACAUGGGCAGAGCGGCGUCUUUGGCCAAGCAGGCUCUGGAUAAAGGUCUGAAGUGCAAGGCCCAGUUCACCGUCACACCCGGUUCAGAGCAGAUCCGCGCCACCAUCGAGAGAGAUGGAUACUCCAAGAUCCUGAAUGAUGUUGGCGGAAUCGUUCUGGCCAACGCUUGUGGACCCUGCAUUGGACAGUGGGACAGGAAGGACGUGAAAAAAGGAGAGAAGAAUACCAUCGUCACUUCCUUCAAUAGGAACUUCACAGCCAGGAAUGAUGCUAACCCGGCUACUCACGCUUUUGUCACCUCUCCUGAGAUUGUCACCGCGAUGGCCCUCGCUGGAACCCUCGACUUCAACCCAGAGACCGACUACCUGACCAGCCCAACCGGAGAGAAAUUCAAGCUGGAACCUCCCACUGGUGACGAGCUCCCAUCCAGAGAUUUCGACCCGGGACAGGACACCUACCAGCACCCCCCAGCUGAGGGCGGCUCAGUCCAGGUGGACGUGAGCCCCUCUAGUAACCGUCUGCAGCUUCUGGAGCCCUUUGAGAAGUGGCAUGGAAAAGACCUGGAGGAGCUGAUGGUCCUCAUCAAGGUGAAAGGAAAGUGCACCACUGACCACAUCAGCGCCGCCGGCCCCUGGCUGAAAUUCCGUGGUCAUCUGGACAACAUCUCUAACAAUAUGCUGAUUGGUGCCGUCAACAUUGAUAACGAUGCCGUCAACAAGAUCAAGAACCAGCUGACAGGAGAGUUCGGGGGGGUUCCAGAUGUGGCCCGGGACUACAAGGCCAGUGGAGUGAACUGGGUGGUGGUUGGAGACGAAAACUACGGUGAAGGGUCGAGCAGGGAGCACGCCGCCCUGGAGCCACGGCACCUGGGAGGACGCGCCAUCAUCGUCAAGAGCUUCGCCAGAAUCCACGAGACCAACCUGAAGAAGCAGGGCCUCCUUCCUCUGACUUUUAGCGACCCCAACGACUACGACAAAAUUCUCCCCAACGACAAGAUUUCGAUCACUGGCCUGAAAUCCUUAUCCCCCGGAACGCCCCUGACAGCAGUGAUCAAGCACGCCGAUGGCAGCCAGGAGUCCAUCUCACUGAACCACACCUUCAAUGAGACGCAGAUCGAGUGGUUCAAAGCCGGCUCUGCCCUCAACAGGAUGAAGGAGCUCCAGUAGUGGGUGGCGAGGAUGAAGGCGGGGCCUGUAGUGGCCAAUGAGAGGCCUUGGUGUGGGAUAAGAAGGGGAGCAACAUAGAGCGGCCGAGAGAGGGGCUGCGCAAAGAGUGAGAGACGAUUCUAACAGUAGAUGUUAACCCGGCUGUAUUUGGGGACAGCUGCCGUCACGCACACACACACAAACACAAACAAACGCACACAUACACAUUCACAAGGUCGCUGUACAAAUGAAAAGCGCACACACACAAAGACAUACACACAAGCACGUACAUGCACAGACAGAUUACUGUGAAAGAAAGCGACAGGCAGACUGAAACAGAAGCUUAGCACUGAAUCAUUCCCACGAGCAGCAGGCGACCAUUUCAUACACAGUUCCACGGUGGUCCUUUCAUACUUUCAUGACACGUGGGUGUCACUAAUGUAUUUCUAUAAAGUUGUUCCAAGUUCACCUCUGCAGAAACCGGCUUGUGGGAAGCUUAAACAUAAAUAGAUGAUACAGCUAUGUGAGGAGCGUAUUGAGAUUUAUACAAACCCGAUUCACCUGAAGUCCAGACGCCAAUAAACCUUCAACAUGUUUCCAUCCCAACAGCUCAAUAAGCUGAGUUCAUCAACUCCCACGACUGUACUUAAACAAGUGUUUCUCAGUCACUGUGGAUUCAAGCUACACUGUUAAACUCACUUUUAUUUACUGUAACGAACCCAACGACUGCAGCACCCCCUCCCCCCCUCAUUCAAUCUUGGGUUCUUCAUUCAACAUGUGAAUCUGGGUGUGCUCGCUGCUGCUCUGCUCGUGGCCGGCCCUCUGUCUUAUGCCUCGAUUUAACACCCUAUUGUGUGAAAACAUUUCUGUGUCGUUUCUCUCAGACUAGGACAACACAUCAGAGCACAAGCUGCUGUUGUGUUCACACUUUUGCUGCCAUUUUUUUCUUUCCAUCUGUUAUUUGUCCUGUGUUUGCACACUAGGGUUAACAUCAGUCUGGUGGUAUCUGUCUGUCCCUCUUUGCUCCUGCUUCCUCUCUUUUUGGAUUCACAAGGCCGGCUCAUGCAAUCCUAACCACAACCUGAUAUUUGGUUCAACAGGCUGUAAUCAAGUUUGUGUUCCAGUAAAGCUGCACGGGCAAGAUUUUGUGUAAAUGCUGGUGUAGAGAAUGUGGUUUCAGGUUGGGGUUUGGUCCUCCGCUGCAUGGGAAGGCCUUCGGUCCUCUUACACAAAAUAACGCACAAUCUAGUGUUCAGUUGCAUGUCCACUAGCACUUAGUAGAGUUUGUGAUGUCGUUUUUAGAUGUGCUUUGCUCUUCGUCGUUUUCCUCUUCACGUACCUCUGCUGUGUGUGACUCCAUGGGAAUGACUUACAGCUUGUGAAGCUCCUUCUUUCAUACACACGCGUUCAGACAGUAGAAAUAUUUAGACUUAUGAUCAUUCUCAUAUUUAAACCAGAUUCUUGCCAUGAUGCAUACAUAGUGUGCACCACUGAAAACAAUGAGAUUAUAUAUUUUUGUGGUUUUAGGGCCAUUUGAGGUCAUUGCUGCUAUGAUGAGUUAUGGAUUACUGCUUCUCCUGUGGGUUUAGUCGUCCUCUUCAGUACAGAUGUUCUGAUUCCAUUCUUCCCUUAGUGAUACCAGACCGAGAACCGAUCCGAUACUAGUGCAUUUAAAAAGAUAUCACCUCCUGUAACGUAUUUGAACAGCUGUUUGCUACUAACCCUGUAUGGGAGUGAUGUUUGCUAUCAUCGUUGUAUGACCUAUUGCUAGUGUUGUAAUUGGCAACACUGGUUGCCAAUUGUGUACAUAGAUAAUGAGCCCUUAUUAGCAAGGAGAAGAAGUAACAGGCUGCCUGCUGCCUCUGUUGGUGACUUCUUGUAGUGUCAUUUAUAUAAACACGUGACGAUUUAGAGUUGUGUUAUUUAACCAGAAUCAACAUUAACCUGAUGUUUUCACAGAUCUUCUGACUCAUGGAUUGUUUGUUGAAUGAAAAGCACAAACGUUGGAUUGUAGCUGUUGAUCGCUGCUGGGUUUUGAUAUUUUUCUGAAGGUGAAAUGGUUUUGAACUUUUAGGACUUGUUGGACAUAAACAAGUCCUUUAUAAGGUUCAUUGUAAAUUAACUCCACUGCCCAACACUUUGAGAAUCAUCACAAAACCUAUUUCAUGGCCUCACUAAGCUCACACACACUCUUAAUCAGUGUAUUAUCGUAUUUACCAAAGAUGCCUAAUGACAAUGUUGAGAAAUAAAAGUAAACCCAUGUGUUAUUUUUGAAAAAUCACCAAUUUUCAUGUCACAUUUAAAAAAUAUCACCAUCUCCAUAACAGGUUGAUUGUGUAUCGGAUGUUGUUACCUAACAAAAGACUGAAAACUGUUUUUAUGGUUCAGUUUAAACAGCUCUACUGUAAAUGGAUGAGUCAAAUCAUGUUGUUUUCAAAUCAACUCUUUCAUGUUCAGCAGUGAUCUCCCCCGCUCACAUUCCUGUUUCAACAUUAAACCUGUUUUUUGUAGAUGUUUCCGAAUACAGUUUUGUAGCUUGCAAGAUUGAAAAUAUAAUAUAAAUGGAAAAUGAAUAAAGAUUAAAAUUCUGAA